AUGCCUACUUGGAACCAAAUUCAAUCUCAACUUAGGAAUCCAAACAAUCCUGUUGUAUUCUUUGAUGUUACUGUAGGAACAACAGAAAUUGGGCGGAUGAUUUUUGAAUUGUUUGCUGAUGUUGUACCAAAAACUAGUGAGAAUUUUAGAGAAUUUUGCACAGGUGAAUAUCGAAGGGAUGGAGUACCGCUUGGUUAUAAAGGCGCCACAUUCCAUAGAGUUAUCAAAGAUUUUAUGAUUCAAGGUGGUGAUUUCGUUAAUGGUGAUGGCACUGGAGUUAUGAGCAUUUAUGGUGGUAGUACAUUUGCAGAUGAAAAUUUUGUAUUAAAACAUGAUUCACCUGGCUUAUUAUCUAUGGCUAAUAGUGGUAAAGAUACUAAUGGCUGCCAAUUCUUCAUAACUUGUGCAAAGUGUAACUUCCUUGAUAAUAAACAUGUGGUAUUUGGACGUGUUAUUGAUGGAUUACUUGUUAUGAGAAAAAUUGAAAAUGUUCCCACUGGACCUAAUAAUAAGCCAAAAAUACCAGUAACUAUAUCACAAUGUGGCCAAAUGUAA